GACGGAUCAGACUGUGUUCUGGGAAGGACCUGAAGAUGUCCACAGAUGCCCACAUCAGCUGCCAGCCUUUGCAACCGCUAAAGCCACUGAUGCAAUGAGCGCUUCCUCCUUCCCUCGCUCGCAGCAUGCUUGCUGCUGUGCCACACGUGCUGCUGCCCAGGGCAGGAUGGCGAGCUGGCAGGUGCCCGCGGCAGUGUGGGGGCUGGACAGGCGCGCCAUGCAGCGCACGGCCGGCCUGGGCCGAGACGUUCUGGAGCGGGCCAAGAGGAGGAGAGUGGACUGGACCCCCCUUGUGCAGCCGGAGGAGAGAAGGGGAGAAGAGGAGUCUGUCAACCUCGACACUGCCUUUGCGACGGUAAUGGAGUUCAUGGAGCGGACCACGAGGCAGUGUAGGAAGUAUUAUUCCUCCAUGCCGCUGGAGAACAGGAAGGAAGGGGAGAUUGAUCACAUCUGCAGAUUUCACAGGAGAAAGUCUUGGCAGCCUCCUGCUUCAGGGAUGACGAAUCAACAGGUAAGCCACACACUUCGAGAGCCCUAUGGUGUAGUCCGAACGGCCAAGGCUAAGCCAGCCUCCCAGGAACCUGCCAGGACCUUUUCUAAAGACUUCUACCUAGAAGUUUCUCCGGGGACCUAUUCGGUCACUGCGUGCUCGAGCGAUUUACGGCAGACUCACGUGGUGGAUAUCGAAGCGGGACAAAGUCUGGAAUUGACUUUCCACAUAUAAUACCGGCCAGAACCUUUUUAAAUACGACGAAAUAAAGCCAAGAUGGCUGGACGUCUUUGGUUGUCUUUAGCCGCACCCAGACUUGCUCUCUGGCUCUCCCCAUCUUGCCUCGUCUCUUCCCUCCUCUGACCUCACAAGCUCAGGGAGAAGAGUCCAUCUCGUAGAUGGGCAAUCUGAAUCUUAAGACACAUCUUUGACUCAAGACUUUUGUCUGUCAGGGGCUUUUUACUGCGUUCUUUUUUUAGCUUUGAGAAGGCGAAAUCAUGAAAUUAAAUGGAGGACUCUAAUUUUUGUAAAUGAAGAGAACGUAGUGAAACAUUAUCACUUCUAGGAGAGAAAAUACAACCCAGAUCGUAGCGGAUUCCAGGUUGGCGGGUGACGGAGCAGAGAUGAGGAGAGCAGGUGGCGGGCCAGCCACUUGGGAUCGCCAAUAUGGCAAAAAUAAAAUCCGUAAAGGAAUCAGUGGAACAUCAGGGAAGAUGUCAUGAACCUUUAGGAAGAACCCCUUCAACCAACUUGUGCAAAACUGUUCAGAAAGAGAAGUCCUGAUCUCUCUCUCCAGUAACCUCUAAUGAACCCUGGCGGCUAGAUUUUCUAAAGCUCCUUUACGUUUUAAGCGGAGGAAAAUUCACUUCUUCCUGUACUCUCGGCUUGGCAUAAGGAUUAAUAACUCCCGCCCAAUAUUAAUAACCUUCGUGAUAUUCCAAACAUUCAGCUUUUCAGUGGGAAGGCUGUUCAGAGAUCAAGUUCCUCCUGGCUUCCUACAAAGAGAAACUGGUAGUUGAGACUUCUCUGGAGUUUGACACAAGAACAGACUUUCGUCAAAACCUAAGAAGUUUUUUUUAAGCUUUUCCAAGGAACCCUCAGCCUGGCCCCCGCAGCACCAACCAAGAUGGAAGAAGUAUUCCGGGAAAGAUGCUUUGAGGUAAAGGAAACUCGGGCACCGAAGAGGGUGUGGCUGCAGUCGAGAAUGGACUUGGUCUCCAGAGGAACAGGAACUUUAGUGGAUUUAGAGAGGUUCCUUUUCCUCUUGUUUAAAUAUCCAGUCGUUCCUCACAGCUAAGACUUUGUGGGGAACACUGCCGGCCAGGGAUUCCGAAGCCCGUGGACUCUUACCUGGAACUGCAGUGGUUUUCGUUAUGAACUUUCUGGUUUUGCUCCUCUCUGCUUCGCUGCAGGUGCUUCCCCCAUUCUCCCCUCUGCUCGUCCUCUUUGGGGACCAACAGCAGCUUUGUGUCCUGCUGAACUGGCUCCUCUGCCUCCUCUCCCUCUCCGAAACACUGGGCCAUCUCGUUCCUGGAGCAAAAAGGGAAGCAGGCAACACCAGUUGCCAGAGCCUUAAUCCGCGGGAGUGAAUUUAACGUCGUGUGGCGUGAUUUUUUUUUACCUCGGUUCCUCCAGGGUCAGAGACUCCCUGCUCUAGACUCUAUUUUAUAAAGAAAUA